UCUCAGUCUUUGCGUACGGUUCAGUGGUGGAAGAAUCGUUGAAGUAAAGCGAGAUCGUGCGUUUCCCGACUCGAAUAGCUUUUUUUUAGAGAUCACGAUCACGCGUGUUAAGCAUAAAGUGCAAUUGUGCAAUACAUAAAGAAGCAAAAUCAAAAGUUAAACGUUAAUAGAAGAACAGUAGUGGAAAGUUAAGUAUACAUACAUGCUCGCAAAAUUAUAAAAAAAAGAGAAUCUCUCGUUUUAAACGAUACACCCGCAUUGUGCAAAAAGUAAACAAUUGUAAAGGCAUAAACAAACACAAAUACAAACAUAGAAAACACCUCUCAUAUAAACACACACAUAGACGGAAAUAGAGAAUCAAAAAACAACAAAAUGAGUGUCUGUGAGAACAAAGCCGUUGUGCAACAGCAAUUGCAACAACAAGCCGCCGCGGCUGCGGCUGCCGCCGCCGCCGUUGCCGCUGUCCAACAACAGCCCCCACAAGUGGUGCCACAGCAGCACAUUACACCACAGCAACAACAACAAAGCACACAGAGCAUUGCCGAUUAUUUGGCCCAAUUACUGAAGGAUCGCAAGCAGUUGGCUGCAUUUCCCAACGUCUUUACGCAUGUGGAGCGUCUUUUGGAUGAAGAAAUUGCACGCGUUCGUGCCUCCCUAUUUCAAAUUAAUGGCGUUAAGAAGGAACCUCUCACGCUGCCAGAACCAGAGGGUGCAGUCGUCACAUUGAAUGAGAAAGUGUAUGUGCCAGUGCGUGAACACCCAGAUUUCAACUUUGUUGGUCGCAUUUUGGGGCCACGCGGCAUGACCGCCAAACAGCUAGAACAAGAGACUGGUUGUAAGAUAAUGGUACGAGGCAAAGGUUCCAUGCGAGAUAAAAAGAAGGAGGACGCAAAUCGCGGAAAGCCCAACUGGGAGCACUUGUCAGACGAUUUGCAUGUCUUGAUAACUGUCGAGGAUACUGAGAAUCGAGCCAAAGUUAAAUUAGCUCAGGCUGUUGCCGAAGUCCAGAAGCUUCUUGUGCCGCAAGCCGAAGGCGAAGAUGAACUAAAGAAACGUCAACUUAUGGAAUUAGCCAUUAUUAACGGCACUUAUAGGGACACAACAGCGAAAUCAGUCGCAGCUUUCUCAUGCGUUGGUUCUUCUUCUCUUCUGUAUCCCGCAGUGUGCGAUGAGGACUGGCGUCGUUUGGUUGCUGCAUCAGAUAAUCGUCUGUUGACGCCCGCGCUGCCGGGACUAGCCACACAGAUACGCACACCCGCCAAUGCACCCCUUGGCGCCCCAUUGAUACUUAAUCCACGCAUGACCGUGCCCACCACGGCCGCGAGCAUACUGUCCGCCCAGGCAGCGCCGACUGCUGCCUUCGAUCAAACCGCCCAUGGCAUGAUAUUCGCACCCUACGGCGAUUACGCGAACUAUGCAGCACUGGCUGGCAAUCCUUUGCUGACGGAAUAUGCAGAUCAUAGCGUUGGUCGAUUUAUGCAUGCCGGCUCCGUCUUUUGAACUUUUUUUGUUUGAGUACAGAAAGAAUUUUCAAAUAUACUCGUACAAUAGAUAUAUCCAAUAUACAAUAUACCAGUAAAAUAAAACGUCUUAAGAAGUGUUAGUAUUUAGUUAUCAAUUAUUACACGCCCACAAAAACACACAACAUAAACAUAAACACAUAGUAUAUGUAGUACUAUAGCUGUAUAGCAUAUUUAUAUACAAGCCUAUUUAUUUAGAGCCAAGCAAAGUUUACAACAGAAAGAGAAGAACAUCUGCAACAUCACACCAGCAAUCAACAAUUUUUAAUAGUUAUAAUAAUGGCGAAGCCAUUCAACACAAUAUAAGAAACAUUUACAAAAAUCAAAAAGAAAUACUCAAAGGCAAAUGACAGGCCUGUCUAUUUAUAAAACAAUACAAAAACAAAUAUUAUUGCUCGUCAAAGUUUUUAUAGUUAGUUUAAGGCCCGAAACAUUUCUGCAUAUAUUAUUUAACUGGCAAAUAAGUGAUUUUUAGGCGCUUAAGCGCACAAUUUAUAUAUGCAUACAUAUAUAUUUAGGUAUCUAUGAACGUAGUCAUUAAGCGAGUGCAAUUUUUUCAAUUUUCUACUUUCAAAGUACGUGCAAAUUAAAAAAAAAAGAAAAAAAAUUGAUGAAAAAUGAGUAUAUUCUAGUUAACAACAACAACUGUAUGAACAGCAACAGCAGCAGCAACAACAUCUACUUGUUUGCUAUACUCUGCUGCACUCGGUUGUUGUUAGGAACCAUGAGUAUUCUAUUCAGAACUUUCACAUAAGUUUCUGGGUUAUUUAACAUAGGGUUUUUGUUUCUCUCUUGUUUUACAACUGUUUCUUAUAAACUUUGCAUCUUUGCAUAUACACAUACAUAUGUAUACAGUUUCGUUGUUUUAAGGGUGUGGGGUUUACAUAUGCUGUUGAUGUAAGUGCAAUUUAUAGCUUAAGUUCAGUGUGUAUGUGUGUGUGUUUUUUAGAAGUUACAAAAUGCAAGUAUUUAUGCACAAAUGUACCUUAUGAAAAGUAUCUAUAUCGGUUAGGUUUUUGUAGGCACAAACCGUUCGAUUUUUUCCAGCUAGUGCCAUUUUAUUUGAGCUGCUUUUAAUUUCUAGCAUUUUUACUUAUUGUUUUAAUUCUAUUCGAUUCUAUAUACACACAUACUAUUUAUAUAGUAUAAAUGGAGCCUUGAAUCACGUUGGUGCUUACACUUAAUAAUUAUAUUACAAAAUAGGGUUCGUAGUGGCUUCAUCUUGCGACAGCCGUCCAAGCAAUAUCUAACGACAACAUUUGCACAACACUAGUCAGCAAAAAAUAUAUUUAAAACAAUAUGAAUACUUAAGCACAGGCAGCUUAGUCUUAGGGAUUUUCUAUGCAGAAGAUAGCCGGAAAAAAUGCUAAAGAACUCUAAGCUAGAUGUUAAACACAAUGAAAGGCUAGGCCUAAUUAAGCUGCUUAAAAAUCACUUAUUUUGUCGCAUGCGCCAUGCACACAAAAUCAGGUUAACAUACUAUAUAUCAUAUAUACAAUGCAAGAUUUGUAAAAGUUUACACAUUUCGUCAGUGAAAUGGCAUAUAUAUACGACUCAUUCCAAAGAAACAGAGAAUUUAAAGUGAAGUAGCAUGCAAAUGAAAGAACUUAUAGAAAAAAAUUACACAUUAUUUUACAAUUGGCAGCAACAGUAAUAUAGUACUGGAAAAGGAACAUUUAUUUUUAUAAGGGGAGUAUCUGUUCGAAAGGAAAUGGUAAACACUAUUUAGGGGCUUCACUCCAAUUUUGUUGUUGUUGGUUGUAUGUAUGGUAUUGCUAUAAUUCCUGACUAAAUAGUACAUCACAGUUUAGCGAAAUUUGAACAAAGUUUUGCCUAGUAAUGGAAACAUUUGAAGUACCUUACCUACUGUUUUCACUUCCCAAUCAUUUCUUUAAAGUAUAAUACUCCCCUUCAUUGUAGGAAACAGCAAAAGAAUAAAAAGAAAAGCAAGCAACAACAUUUUCGUAGCAAUUAAGUAGGCUUUGCAUAUCUAUAUUUAUACCCAUACCACAUAAAGUAGACAACAAACAUAUAUAUUUAUUGCCUAUAAAAAUAUAUUUCUAUAUACAAUAACAACCUAUAUAUAUAUAUUUAAAACUACAUGUAUCGUAUCGUAUAUUUUAGUAGGCGCCAUUAAGCAGCAGCGUCGUUUGGCGGCCAACAGAGAACAUCCCUAUCAGCGUGCUACAGUUGGAGUGCCAGCUAAGCCGGCGGGUUUUAUUGAAAUACAGUAAAUUAAAUGAAAUACAAAUCCGCACCCACUCAUACAAACACGCGACUAUUACACCACAAAUCACACACACAAACACGCCUAAAAAUUUUUGUUUUUGCUUUCUUUUUGCGAUGGGGAAACCCAAAAAAAAUUAAUAUACUUGUAAAGAACAUUAUAGUUGCAGUCCUUGCUGCACUUUUUCUCGUUUUUAAAUUUUUCUUAACUUAAAUAAAUUAAAUUUUGUUUUUUUUUUUAAUAAUUCUCUCAGCCUGCCGCCAUUAUGUUCAAAGAUAUGAAAAGGCAACACAGUUUAGUUAAAUUCUUUUUAUAUAUUUGUUAUAGCUGAUAAUAAUAAUUUUUAAAGCGAUAUAAACAACAAAUUAUGUGAACAUGUUGUUUUAAUUUAUUUUAUUUACUGUAACUCUUCGAUGGGACUCAGUUGUCCUUCAAAAACGCCGGCUGAGCUUGCGCCCAACUCUGUAAAUCGCUGGCACCUGGCGCUGUUCUCUGCUCUCUGUGCGAGGUUGAAUAAAACUCAGUCAGAAAACCCAAACAAAACUCAGAAAAAAUCAAGAACAUUUUUCAGCGCCUAACAGGUUAGUUGUGUUUCUCUACUCAUAUAUAUUUUUAUACCCCUACAUAUAUAUUUUUACUAUAUUCUUAAAAAAAAAGUAAAAUGCAACUCUGUAGGCAAACAAUUUGCUAGUUGCAUUUUAUUUCAAAUACUUCCACUUGUGAAUUUUGCGAGUUUUUGCAGCAUUUCUUUUCAAUUACAUGACUGUUGAAUCCAUAUACACACAUACAGACACACGCCCGCAAAAUUGCUGCUAAUUGAAAAGUAGUUUCUUUAGAAAAACAAAAGAAAAGAAAAGAACAAAUUAUUGUUUUUUCCCCACUUUGUACACGUUGACUUGUGCCUUUGGUAUUGAACAAAAAAAGAAGAAAGAAUAUUAUUUAAUAGAGGAUUUCCCAAUACUGCAUACUCCAGAAAUAUAUAAAUACAUUUAUUAGUGCACUCUGUAUAUUGUACGAUAUGUUUCUUUGUAUUACUUUCUGUAAGCCAUAUAUACAUACAUAUGAUGAAAGAUUAAUGAUAACGUUGAGACGUGAAGAUAAUUUUACAUGUGUAUUUAGAAAUAUAAGCCAUUGUUAGAUGUAAUGUUUUUUAUUAUGUAUAUCAUUUGAAUGUAUGUUGCAAUUGAAUUUAAAGUGUACCAGAAUAAAGAUCAAUGACUUUUGUUGAAGUGAAAACGAAAACAAAACCACAACAAAUGCA